AUGGCCAACGCCUGGAAGCUACGAGAAGUGGUAUGGACUGAGCUACCGGGAUCCUAUGAGCGGCAGCAAUCGGAACAAAUGAAACUGAACUUUCUGGGGCUAGCAUCUACGAUGGAAAUCAUGCGCAUUCGCACUGUGGCAUCGUAUACUCUGUAUCAUCCGGAGGAUCUCCCAAGGAGUCAGGAGACUUGGUCGAAAUUGGCCAGACCCAACAAUCAAACGGAAAAAUCCAGGAAUCGACGUUGCAACAGCAAUAACAAUGACAAUCCACAAUCUAUCACUACCACAAACUUGUCAGCCCCAGAUACUGGUCGCAACAACAAUCCUCCAGUAUUGUCGACUGUCGACUGUAGUCCCUCACGAUGGAUGGGGCUUCCACGCAUCAUGGGGGGUUUCCGACGGGCUGCUCGAACCGCUGCCCCCGUACGACCCUGUCUUCCACCGCCGUGUUGGGAAACGAUCCAUCCGUUCUCAUUGGCUGCCAAUAGUAACCGAGCAGGAGACCUGCCCAGCUCACUCGCCCAUACCAAGGAACAUCACUGUUUGGACUGCCUUUUACUAGUAGUGUCAUUGAUACCAUGA